CAGCACUGUAGGUCUCUUAAAAUGAGGUGCCCAGAGCUGAAUGCAGAACUCCAGACAAGAGAUUAUUUGAGUUGAAGAAUUCAGCUGUUCUUAGCAGAAAGGGUGGUAUAUCUUAUUUCAAAGCAAGGGGAACUGAGUGUAACUAUGAUUCUCUUCUGUGUUUGUCCUCAUUUCCCUCAGGUGGCUAUAGCAGGUGCUCCUGUCACCGUCUGGAUGGCGUACGAUACUGGAUACACAGAACGGUACAUGGAUGUCCCGGAAAACAACCAGCAAGGCUACGAAGCUGGCUCAGUGGCGCUGCAUGUAGAGAAGCUCCCGAAUGAGCCCAACCGCUUGCUGAUCCUCCAUGGGUUUCUGGAUGAAAAUGUGCACUUUUUCCACACCAAUUUCCUGAUCUCCCAGCUAAUCCGGGCUGGGAAACCCUAUCAGCUCCAGAUCUACCCCAAUGAGCGACACAGUAUUCGCUGCCCGGAGUCAGGGGAGCACUAUGAAAUCACGCUGCUGCACUUUCUUCAAGAAUACCUCUGAGGGGGCCAGAGAUCCCCCCCCAAAAACACCCUCCAUGAUGCGGUCUCUGACAAGUUCCUGACUCUCCUCCCGCCGCCGCCUCUUCUUUCCUCGUCAUUCUUCAAACCCAGAGCCUUGGCUGUGUGUCCGUCUGCCUGUUGGUCUUUCUCUUUCUCUUUUUCCCUCCUCUCCUGUGCUGGGCACAUUGUCCUGAACGAAUGAGGGGAGCUGAGACUGUGUCCCCCCGCCUUUUCCUCCGCCUGCCGCCAACCUCUUUCAGGAUGGCGCCUCUCUGUCCUCGUGCCUCUGACCCUUUCUUGAAGAAUUUCCCUUCUUCCUCCAUCCUGCCCCGAAAAGAUUUUGCUGCUACUCUUUUGCGCUGGGUAUUAAAGGAGGCGCUCUACCCUUCUCUCCAUGUGUGUCUCAUCCCCUUGUUGUUCACUCUCAUUUUGUGACACAUCUUUUCCCUGGGUUUAGAAACAAACUCCCCCAAAACGGGAGUGAUAGUUGGCAUUGGGAUGGGGAGAGGAAGCGAGACUGGCAGCUAUGCCUGGAUGCUGCUCCCUUGUUUGAUGAGCGAAGAAGCCAGGACUUUUUUUGCCAAGGCUUGUAGCUUGUGGCUUCCUUUAGCACUCUCCAUGUCAAUGUUUGGGUUCAUCCCUCCUUCCCUGCCAUGUUCCCACUUCAUCAUACUGAGGGCAACGUCUUACCAAAAGGACCCAGUUUCACCCAGCGCUCUGUCCGGAAACCAAUGAGUAUUUGGGAUAGUAGGUGGAUGGUUGGUUGGAUAGAAGUUGUUGUUGUUGCUCCAUUGUGAGAUUUAUUUAUGCCACGGUGGUUCCCUCAUCCUCUCCUUGUCUCUUUUCCCCGCACUGUAUUUCCCGCUUCCGGCCAUCCGCCUUCUGUCUCCACGUCCCGGUGGCUCAGGAGAAGCCUUGAAUCGUAUCUCCAUCUUGCUUCAGUCCUCUGCAGGUCAGCGACUGUAAUUCCUGCCCUCUUUUUUUCUCCCUCUUCUCCUUUUAGUCAAGGUGUGAUUCUCCGUUUGCAUCUCUUCCCCCUCCAUUUUUCCUUUUGCAAGGUUUAAAUCGAGGAUGGGCAACUGUGGGAGGGCUACAGGGCCGCAUGAAUCCCUUAGGAAAUCUUAGGGAGGCACA